AUGCUGGUGGCUAAUUUCUCCCCACUGUUUGGCUCCCUAUUCACUCCAGCCCCUUACGGGCUGGUGGAUGUCACUCUCUCGCUCUAUCAGCUGCUUGCGACUAUUGUCGCUAUUAUUAUGUUCUGCCUUCGAAAGCUCUGGCAAAUACGGUCUCAACUCUGUGACCGAAUCGGGUUCCCUUGCCACAUGUUCCAGUCCUUCUUGGAAAAGGUAUUCUGGGAGAAGAUGUAUUGGUGGAAGGUACGGGGUGUCACUCCCAAGUCCUCGCCGAGCCUCACGACCAGGCCGCUUCUCUUCUGUGUUCCCGAACCCGCCAAAAACCCGGGUUGGAUUACCUUGACUAUCUACUGUUUCUCUGACAGGGUUGAUUAUUGGGUUGCGGGAACAAUUAUACAGCAGGUCGGAGGGUCAACGCGAUCACGCCCCACCGCCGGGUCCGGAGCCGUUUCGAGCGGUGUUCGAAAAAACAGGGCGGGUACCGGUGGGCGUACGAGCAAAGCCAACGGGGGACAGAAGCCAUCAGACCGCAGUGGAAGAGGAGGCGGAGGCGGCGGGGGGAAACACCCACGCAAAUGGGGAAGGCUUAGGUUCAACCUCCCGCCUGACGGCCCCAACAGGAGAAACUGGGCAUGCCCUUUCCACAAAUACGACCGAGUGAGAUACCACUCUUGCGCCACCGUCACGCUCAGCAGGAUCCCGGACGUAUGGCAACAUAUCCUACGAACUCACGUGCUAUCUCUGAACGAUUACUGUCUUUUGUGUUUUGCUGAUUUCGAACCGGGCCCUCAGCUGGCAGAACAUCGAUCCCGCCAGAGUUGUGUACAGAUCCCCGGACCUGAGCAUCUCCGCCAGCAGGAUGUCUCGAUUUUGGACCCUUUUCUUCGAGCACCAUCUGGUUUGCCGAAUGAUGAAGCUAAAUGGUAUCGAAUUUGGACUCAUGUUUUCCCUGGCUGGGUGUUUCCAGAAAACCCUUACGCAGAGGGCGCAGUGGAGCUGGCUACGAAUGUUUUGAGCAUGGGCCAGCCUCAGAUACGCUUCGCGCGUGUUGAGCAAGAUAACAGUUUUCUGGAACAAUGGCACACGGUUCAGCCAGAAAUGGGUCACCCGGAAGCAUACCCUCACGUAAUGAAUCCGUUUGGGGCAAACCAGCCCGGCAUCCCUCACCUAGGGCCUCAUGCCACCAAUAUUGGCCCAGAUGUGUAUGGCCAAGGGGCGGCAUUCAUGGAUCUCCAAAAUCCCGAUGACUCAGAGGUUGAGGACUAUGAUGAGGAGGAAGGCUGA